UAUAAAGAAAAAAACAACUCGGCACAAAAGGUGGUCUUUGACAAAUUAACCGAAAUAAGGACUCAUGUAAACAAUUUAUUUUUAAAAUAUUCAUCGGUUCCCAUUGGUGGUUUUCAUCAAUGAAUCGUUAUCUAAUGAAACUGUCUUAUAUCGGGACUCGAUUCAGGGGGAUUCAAAAAAGUAUCAUACCAGGAAGUGGCUGUGCGGAUGAUCCUCUUUCUAUAGAGGGUCUUCUGGAGAUUGCCUUGAGGAGGUUUGAACCUGUGAAUGAGUUCAAAAUAAAAUUAUCCAGUCGGACUGAUGCUGGGGUGCAUGCUCUCCACAACACUAUUCACGUCGAUCUGCAGCGAAAGAAUGGUCAGCCCUACCGGACGGAUAAGGUGACACAGGGUCUAAAUAGAUCUUUUAUAUCCCAAGGUCUACCAAUCAGAAUAAUUAGCACUGGAUUGGUCCCAAUGAGUUUUCACGCGAGGCUCCACGCUAAAUCACGAACAUACAUUUAUCGUUUGGGUGUACUGCGAAAAAACUUAUGUGGUGACCCCCGGACGCAUCCACUUAACCGAUUCAUUCCCAUCGAGGAACUAGACCGAUGUUAUUUUAUUGCACAUCCAAAAUUCGAAAUCGAUCGAAUGUUGAGAGUGGCGAAACAAUUCGAAGGUUAUCAUGACUUUCGAACGUUUAUGUCUAUUGCCCGGGGAAACGACCGACAGAUGGAUCCGAGUUAUACCCUUAGACAGAUCGAUCAUAUCUCGAUUGAACGAAGCAUUUCUAUGGCAUCGGUUUUUAACCGUGAAUUAGCGGAUAAAUGCUACGAAUUCUGGGAUAUUCGGAUAAAAGCGAAGUCAUUCCUUUACAAACAGGUGCGUCGUAUGGUCGGAGCUUGGAUUGCUGCGGCCGAAGAGCGAAUUUCUGAGCGUGAUAUCUAUGAAAUGUUGACAAUACCAUCGCAGAAUUCCUGGUGUGAUCGAGCUGUUGUAGCACCCGCGUACGGAUUGUAUCUCUGCCAGGUGGAAUAUAACCCGACCGAUCUGGAAUUUUCACAAGAUGAGCUUCCUGGAACAACUGAAGAAAAGCAAACAAUCGUUACAACCCACUGAAACUGUUGUAACAUACGUGGAUGGCAGUCGGAAAAUCUUCCGUGGUGAAUUAAUGCGAGAUGCGCCGGCCCGGCUUGGAUUCAUCGUUGACAAUAGUUCUGAUCAGAUACCCGCUUGCAUCAUCAGUCAGUUUAUUUAUUUAGGAUCACAGGA